UAAAUUAUAUGCAUGACUUACAGGUCAUGUUUUAUAAAGCAGUAACUACUGUGAGAUCAGUAAGUUCGAUUGCGCCGCGACACGUUUAUUCGCAUGAUGGCGAUAAGAAGGAGGACCAGGCAUUGCUGGCACCCAUCAAUUAUGUUUAUCAAGCUUGUUCAAAAGGUACCACAUUGGAGUUCAAUAAUGCUUUCAAUUACUGGCUCAAAGUACCACAGAAUAAAUUUGACGAAAUCCAAGAUGCGAUACAGAUACUUUAUAAUGUUACGCUCAUGGUCGAUGACAUUCAAGAUUCCUCAGCUUUAAGAUCCACGGUCCCUGCUGCUCAUCAUCUCUAUGAGAUAGGCGCUACGAUCAGUUGUGCCCUUUAUGCUGUUAAUAUAGUUUACGAAAAAAUUAAUGCUUUGAACCAUCCAGAGGCAUUGCGUGUAUUUCUCGAUGUGUUGAACACAUUGUACAGAGGCCAGGGUACUGAAAUCUACUGGAGAGAUAAUUAUAUUUGCCCAUCUGAAACAGAGUAUCGGAAGAUGGCUGAUGGAAGUAAGUGCGCAAUAACCAAAUGCUGCAUAUAAAUAGUUUCUUCAAACGGAACGUUCGAAGCUUUUU